GUGCUCCUGACCCAACAGCAGGUGGUAGCAUAGAUGAUGAAAACUGCUGGUAUUUGGAUGAGGAACAGGUCCAAGAACAGGUUAAACUCUUCCUCUCCCAGGGUGGAUACCAUGGAUCAGGGAAGCAGCUCAAUUUGCUUUUUGCGAAGGUGCGAGAGAUGCUAAAGAUGAGAGAUUCAAAUGGAGCUCGCAUGUUGACGUUGAUAACAGACCAGUUCAUGGCUGACCCUCGUCUGUCGCUUUGGAGACAACAAGGAACUACAAUGACUGACAAGUAUAGGCAGCUCUGGGAUGAACUGGGUGCUCUGUGGAUGUGUAUAGUCUUAAAUCCCCACUGCAAGUCGGAGCAGAAGGCCAAUUGGCUAAAACAGCUGAAAAAAUGGAACAGUGUGGAUGUUUGUCCCUGGGAAGAUGGAAACCAUGGAGACGAGCUGCCCAAUUUAACCGAUGCUUUGCCUCAGGAUGCAAACGCUAACCAAGAUUCAUCGAACAAGCCACAUCGGACGGUGUUCACUCGAGCCAUUGAGGCAUGCAAUCUGCACUGGCAGGACAACCACUUACAGCACAUUAUGAGCGGUGACCUGUACAACUACUGUUACCAUGACGACACUGAAAACUUGUUCUUUGACACUCAUGGGUGGCCCCUCUGGCAUGAACAUGUUCCUACAGCCUGUGCAAGGGUGGAUGCCUUACGAUCUCAUGGAUACCCACAAGAAGCACUGAGACUAGCAAUAGCUAUUGUUAAUACACUAAGAAGGCAGCAGGAGAAACAGCUGGAAAUGUUCCGAGCUCAGGAGAAAGAACUUCUCCACAGAGAAGUAACCUCAAUAACAAAUAUUGGAGGUUGGGUGGGACACCCUUUGGACCCCAUUGGCACCCUCUUCAGUGUCUUCAUGGAAGCCUACAGGGCGGAUGAUGAGAGCUUCCAUGGAUUUUCAGACUUUAUGGAGAACAUGGGGCAAUGCACAUCUCUGGAGUACCAACACCUGCCUGCACAAAAAUUCUUAGAAGAAGGGGAAUCUUAUUUAACACUGGCUGUGGAAGUAGCGUUGAUAGGGCUGGGACAGCAACGAAUAAUGCCAGAUGGCUUGUAUGCACAAGAGAAGAUUUGUCGAAAUGAGGAUCAGCUCAUUUGUAAGCUACGGGAAGUUGAAUUGGAUGAUUCUCUGGUGAAGAUUUUUCGAAAACAAGCAGUCUUCCUAUUAGAAGCUGGACCAUAUAGUGGUUUAGGUGAAGUUGUCCAUCGAGAGAGUGUUCCAAUGCACACAUUUGCCAAGUAUCUCUUCACCUCUCUCCUACCUCAUGAUGCUGAAUUGGCAUACAAAACUGCACUGAGAGCCAUGCGGUUGCUGGUAUUGGAUUCUACAGCUCCUUCAGCAGACACAUCCACCCCAUAUCGCAUUCCAUCAGUUAGUCCAAGCCGAUAUCCCCGCUGGUUCAUCUUAAAUCACUUGGAAUCCCAGCAGUGUGAGCUGGCAUCCACCAUGCUAACAGCAGCCAAAGGUGAUGUUCAGAGGCUGGAAAUGGUGUUAGAAUCCAUCCAGAAAAAUAUCCACUCCUCAUCACACAUCUUCAAACUUGCCCAGGAUGCAUGUAAAAUAGCAACACUCGUGGACAACUUGCCAGACAUGACUCUUCUGAAAGUUUCUCUGGAGCUGGGCCUUCAGGUGAUGCGGAUGACGCUGUCAACAUUGAAUUGGAGACGGCGGGAAAUGGUGAGGUGGUUGGUAUCAUGUGCAACAGAAGUAGGUGUUUAUGCACUGGAUAGUAUCAUGCAAAACUGGUUUACACUUUUCACUCCGACAGAAGCCACUAGUAUUGUUGCUAUGACAGUGAUGUCCAACAACAACAUCAUCAAUCUUAAUCUGGACUGCCAUCAGCGGGAGAAGUUGGCUGGCAGUGCAAGGACACUUGCUCUGCAGUGUGCCAUGAAGGAUCCUCAAAACUGUGCCCUCUCUGCACUGACCUUAUGCGAAAAGGAUCACGUAGCUUUUGAGACCGCUUACCAAAUCGUUCUAGAUGCUGCUACAACCGGCAUGAGCUACUCACAGCUUUUUAUUGUAGCACGAUACAUGGAGCACCAGGGUUACCCCAUGCGGGCCUACAAGCUGGCCACUUUGGCCAUAAUACAUCUCGGCCUGGGUUACAAUCAGGACACACACCCUGCCAUUAAUGAAGUUCUGUGGGCAUGUUCGCUCAGCCAUACCCUUGGGAAAAAUGAGCUAACAGCUAUGAUACCUGUGUUGAUCAAAAGUGUCAAAUGUGCAACAGUACUGUCAGACAUUUUGCGUAGGUUCACUUUGACCACUCCUGGCAUGGCGGGACUUCAUGGAAGGAGGAACUCUGGUAAGCCCAUGUCGCUGGACAAAGCCCCUUUAAGGCAACUCUUAGAUGCCACGAUUGAAGCCUAUAUUAAUACAACUCAUUCACGUCUCACUCACAUCAGCCCGCGACACUAUAGUGAGUUUAUAGAGUUCCUCAGCAAGGCCCGAGAGACCUUCUUAUUGGCUCAUGAUGGUCACAUCCAGUUUACACAGUUUAUUGAUAACCUAAAACAAAUCUACAAAGGCAAAAAGAAACUGAUGAUGCUGGUUCGUGAGCGAUUUGGUUGACGAAAAUGUGUGAAUGGGGUAUUAAGGGCAGGAGGGGAUGUUUUGUUUUUACUUGAGCCUGCCUUUGUACCCUUUUUAAAUUAAAGAAACAGAGCCACACCGGUAUUAUAUGUGUAUUAUUAUAUUGAGUUCGCGAACUAAACUGUCAUGUUGUGAAAGUUUGUGUGUUUGGGGUUUUUUUGUUUGGUUUUUUUUUUCAUUUUUUCUCUUUUGUAUGAGAGGGGUUGAAAAAGGUUUGGUUUACACUGAGUAUAUGUUGUCAAGUGGCAAAAGCCCACAUCGCUCUCCUGUUCUUUCUGUAUAUGUUCACAGCCUCAAAAACAAACAUAUAUUGCAAUGGCUUUAAAAACCAAACAAAACACCUCCAUCCUGUGAUAAGUACCUCGAAUGGAUUCAGCUUUACUCCUUUGUAACUCAUCCUUACAUUUCAGCAUAUUUAAACAAACCAACAAAUGAAAUACUAAUAGUUAAAAGGCUGACCAUGUGGCUUUGCAGUGCUGUUCAUCCAGAAGCAUGGCACACAAUGCUUGUGCAUGUGGAAACUUAGCGACUGUCAACAUACAUUCUCAGGGAUUUAUCAAAAAAAAUUAAUAAAGAAUGAGAGCAUUUAUUGUACUGUAUAUAUAUUAUAGUAUAUGUCUGAAUAUUGGAAAGUAUAACAUUAACUAAUUUAUAAAAAAAAAAUCUAUGUAAUGCAAAAUACUUGAAGCUGCAGUAGCUUGGUUUUAAACAAAAAAGAAAACCUAUCAGAUGGACUAAAGUACACCUUGCUUCAGGGUUGGCUCAGGUGGUGAACUAAAUGCUGGGCGUCUAUGCAGAGCCACCUUUUGGAUUGCAUGGUUGGACUGAUACCUAAUGGGGAAAUUUUAUAUAUAUAUAUAUUUAUACAACCUGUGUAUACAUAUAUAUGUAUGCACACAUACACACAUGCUUGUAACAGGCACUAUAGUAAAGAAGGACAACGAAAAAAUACACAGCCAGAGCAGCAAGCCUUAGCAUUAAGAAUACAGUAUGCCAGAAUUGGGGUUUGUGCCUCCUAGCCUAGAAGACUUAAGAAGUAUUCUUUUUGACACAAAAUGCAAAAUGUUUUCCAAAAUGAUUGACAUGAUACAUUACGCCUUUGCAGUGAGCUAAUAAUAAGCUAACCUUUGUGCACAAAUAACAUAUAUAUAUUAUAUAUAUAUAUUCUGCAUAGGUAUUUUGACUUUGUGCAGGACAGAAAGUUGUGUAGGUAUGACUGUUCUACUUUUCAGUUUGUUUUUUUAAUAUAUUUUAUUUUCUCUAGAAUUACUCAAACAAAAGCAGCCUUCUCUCUUGCCUUGUCUUAAUGCUUUAAAAUAACCAAACUGGAGAUCUAACUACCAAACUGUUCAUUAUAUUAUUAAAUACCAACUUUGGUUACAGUAUAGUGUCUUUACUUUAGCUGAUGGUUCUGUAUCCUUGUGCUUUUUAAAGCAGUUUUUAUGUUUUGGUGCAAAAGUUGUCCAGUGUCUCUUGUUCCGUUCAUUAGAGAACAUGCUAGAGGUAUGUUUGUAGGUAUUUUUGUUUAGAAAAACUAUUUCAUGCUCUCCAUUUUAUUUAUUAUAAUAGGUAAAAAGGUUGUACUUCAUCACCCAUGUAAACAUGCUCAUGAAGUUGAAAGUAAUUAAGAUUUGAUACACUGAUAUCAAUUUAUUUAUGUAACUAAAUCGCUGUUUUAUAAACUUGUUAAUGAUCAACAAUUUUUUUGUUUGAUUAAAAUUAGUUUUUUGA